AUGGCGCGCAUCGAAGAGCUCCCCGACGACUUCAACGAAUCCCUCUCCCUCAAUGACCCCAAACCCGCAUCCAGCUCCACCACCAUUCCCGAGACCCCCUUCGGCAUCAAGCCCAUCGCACCCAACGAUGACCCAACCACAUCCACUGCUCCAGCCCUCCCUCCAGCAAUGGCCUCCGUGAAAUCCCACACCGCCGACGAGAUCCUCUCCAUGAUGAACCAGACCCCGCUGUUCAUGACGGACGUCGAGCAGGCGCUCCAGGACAGCGCGGGGGAGGAGAACACGUUCAUCGAGGCGAUUCGCGCGCUGCAGAAUGAGGGCACGCAGCUGCAGGUUGCCGAGGGAUUCCGCGAGACGGGCAAUGAGCUGGCGAGGGAGAAGAAGUGGAGUGAUGCGCGGGAGUUCUAUGGGAAGGCGUUGGCGACGGUGAGGGAUAAAGGGGAGGGGAAGUGGGAUGUUAGUGAGGAUGUGGACGGAGACCGGAAAAGGAUGAGGGAAACGGAGGAGAAGGUGUUGGUCAAUAGGGCGUUGUGUAAUUUGGAGAUGAAAAACUACCGGUCCUGCAUCCUCGAUUGCGCCGCAGCACUCAAAAUUAACCCUGAAAACAUUAAGGCCUACUACCGCUCCGCCCGCGCCCUUUUCACCCUCGACAAAAUACUAGAAGCCCAAGACGCCGCAAACCGUGGCCUCGCCCUUGAUCCCACAAACAAAUCCCUUCUCCAUACCGCAGAGCAAAUCUCCGCUCGGAAAGCUGCCCUCGACGCUCUCGCCGCUAAGAAGCGUGCUGAGGCAGAGCGUGAAAAGCGUGUUAAAGUUACCCUAGCUACAGCCCUACGCGCCAGGAACAUCAAAGUCCGCGAAACCAAACAGCCGCCAGACCUAGACGACGCGAACAUGCAUCUCUCGCCUGACCCGCUGUCACCGAAAAGUACGCUGGUGGUGCCCUGUGUGCUACUGUAUCCCAUGCACGCGCAGAGUGACUUCAUUAAAAAUUUCGAGGAGACGCAGUGCGUGCGUGACCACCUGGAGUAUAUAUUUCCCUUACCAUGGGAUGAAAAGGCGGAAUAUGGCGUGGACAGUGUGGAUUGCUUCAUGGAAACGGUGACCGGCGGUUUGAUUCGCGUUGGGAAGAACAUGAGUCUGUUGGAAGUGUUGAGUGGAAGUGGAGGAAAGGUGGAGAUUGUGGAUGGCUUGGUGAAGAUAAAUGUCGUGCCUGUGCCGAAGAGCCGGAAAUGGAUCGAUGAGAUGAAGGCACGGAGGGCGCCGGGCUGA